GGCAGACGCCUGAGAGCCAAAGAGCGAGAUUCGCGCGCGCAAGGAUGGCCUGGGCCCGGGUGUCGCUCUGGGUUAUCUGCAUGCUGCGCGUGGCGCUGGCCACUGUGUACUUCCAGGAGGAAUUUCUAGAUGGAGAGCGCUGGAGGAACCGCUGGGUGCAGUCCACCAAUGAUUCCCAGUUCGGCCACUUCAGAGUCUCGUCGGGGAAGUUCUACGGGCAUAAAGAGAAAGACAAAGGCCUGCAGACAACUCAGAACAGCAGGUUCUAUGCCAUCUCUGCGAGCUUCAAGCCGUUCAGCAACAAAGGGAAGACCCUGGUAAUUCAGUACACAGUGAAGCAUGAGCAGAAGAUGGACUGUGGCGGUGGCUACAUCAAGGUAUUUCCCUCCGACCUGGAUCAGAAGAAUUUGAACGGAAAGUCUCAGUACUACAUCAUGUUUGGACCUGAUAUUUGUGGAUUUGAUAUCAAGAAAGUUCAUGUUAUCUUAUAUUUCAAAAAUCAGUAUCAUUCAAACAAGAAGCCGAUCAGAUGCAAGGUUGAUGGCUUCACCCACCUCUACACCCUGAUAUUAAGGCCAGAUCUUUCUUACGAGGUGAAAGUUGACGGCCAGUCCAUUGAGUCCGGCAGCAUUGAGUAUGACUGGAACCUGACAUCGCUGAAGAAAGCAGAAACUCCCUCAGCAGAGUCUAGGGACUGGGACCAGGUGGAUGCUGGCCGAGCCCAGGACUGGGAAAAGCAUUUUCUGGAUGCGGGUGCCAGCAAGCCAAGCGAUUGGAACAGUGAACUGGAUGGGGACUGGCUGCAAAAGCCACCAUACCAGGAUGGCCUGAAACCUGAGGGCAUCGAUAAAGAUGUGUGGCUCCAUGAGCAGAUGAAGCCUGCCCACUACCUGGCGCAGUACGACCUCUCAGAGUUCGAGAACAUUGGUGCCAUUGGUCUGGAGCUGUGGCAGGUGAGAUCUGGAACCAUCUUUGAUAACUUUCUGAUCACGGAUGAUGAAGAGUAUGCAGAGCGAUUUGGCAAGGCCACCUGGGGGGAGACCAAGGGUCCAGAAAAGGAGAUGGAUGCCAUACAGGCCAAGGAAGAAGUGAAAAAAGCCCGCGAGGAGGAUGAGGAGGAGCUGCUGACGGGGAAGUUCCGCCAGGAGCUGCUGACGGGGAAGUUGCGCAGGCACGACAACCAUUUCAGCAGAUUCCACAGACAAGGCGAGCUGUAGUCGUCCCCACUCUGCAUGCAGAGGACUGGCCCAGCCUCCACUAAUACACUCUGAAUGUCA